GUAGAUUGAAAGACAAACCCGCCAGUUGCCAAAAAUCGUCAAAUGUCGGGAUUUGACCAGGGUUCUGUCUAUUUCUCAGACUCCCUUUUUCAACAAACAAGAGAUCAGGACAACUCGGCAAACGUCCAGUUUGCAAAGCGAAAGUUCAAGGAGUUUAUUCGUCAGUUCAACGAUGGUGGUUUCGAUUUUAAAUAUAGGGACCAAAUUAAAAAAAACUAUGGAUUGAAAAAAUACUUUAUCGUUGUCAAACUAAGGGAUCUUAACAAUUAUGAUUCUUCGCUGACCCAGGAACUUAUUCACCGCCCAAGUGAUUACUUACCACCGUUUGAAGAAGCUGUGACGGAAGUGGCAUCCGAGCUUGUUCGUUCAAGUGACGAAGAAAGUCAUACGGAGUCUGCACAGGUGUUAUUCGAGUGGGACAGUAAUGCUGUCAGCCUCAGAGACGUACAUUCAGAAGAAGUUUCCAGGUUAGUUAAGAUAUCAGGUAUCGCCAUUAGUUCAUCAAGUAUACGUGCAAAGGCUGUUCGUCUAAGUCUACAAUGUCGAGGUUGUCGCCAAUUCCUUCCAAAUCUCCCUGUGAAGCCAGGGUUAGAAGGCUUUACACUACCUCGCAAGUGUCCAAGUGCUCAAGUUGGUGGAGGACAGGCUACCAGAUGUCCGAUCGACCCUUUCUUCAUAGUCCCUGACAAAUGUGAGUGUGUCGACUUUCAGACAAUUAAACUUCAAGAAACACCGGAAACUGUCCCACAUGGAGAAAUGCCUCGUCACGUUUUGCUCUAUUGUGAUAGAUAUCUCUGUGAGCGAGUCGUCCCUGGUAAUCGUAUAACUGUUGUUGGUGUGUACUGUAUUCGUGUGACCGUCUCCAAUAAGCGCGCAGGCGCAAACGAACGUUCAAAUGCAGGUGUUCGCCAGCCAUAUAUCCGCGUCUUAGGUUUAACCGUUGAUACAGAAGGCCCUGGGCGUAGUGCGUUCGUAUCUGGUGCCGGUGAAGGAACAGGUGCAGCUGCAACUUUAACAGAGAACGAAGAAGAAGAAUUAGUAGCUUUGGCUAACUCACCGGAUAUCUACGAAAGAUUAGCUCGAAGUAUCGCUCCGUCUAUCUAUGGUAGCACUGAUAUUAAAAAAGCAAUUGCAUGUCUUCUGUUUGGUGGAUCACGUAAACGGCUUCCUGAUGGACUUAUGCGUCGUGGUGAUAUAAAUAUGCUAAUGUUAGGUGAUCCUGGGACAGCUAAGUCUCAACUUUUAAAAUUUGUAGAGAGAUGUUCACCCGUUGGCAUAUAUACCUCAGGUAAAGGUAGUUCGGCUGCUGGUUUGACGGCUUCUGUUACUCGAGAUCCAAACACUCGUAAUUUCAUAAUGGAAGGUGGUGCUAUGGUACUUGCUGAUGGGGGUGUUGUUUGUAUUGAUGAGUUUGACAAAAUGCGUGAAGAUGAUCGUGUUGCAAUUCAUGAAGCCAUGGAACAACAAACUAUUUCAAUAGCUAAAGCUGGCAUUACGACAACAUUGAACAGUCGUUGUUCCGUACUUGCAGCAGCCAACAGUGUUUAUGGUCGUUGGGAUGAUACGAAAGGUGAAGAUAAUAUUGAUUUUAUGCCAACAAUCUUGUCACGUUUCGAUAUGAUUUUUGUAAUACGUGAUGAGCAUGAUUCUCAACGUGAUACAACUCUCGCAAAGCAUGUUAUGCAAGUACAUCUACACGGGAAUGAUCCUGUUGGAAUAAAUGCAAUGGAUACCGGGUCAUCGGAUGAAAUUCCACUUAGUACUCUCCGACGUUUUAUUGCCUUCGCACGUGAGCGCUGUGGUCCUCGUUUAUCUGAACAGGCUGCUGAAAAAUUAUCGAAUCAGUAUGUCCUCAUGAGAUCUGGUUCUACACGGUACGAACAGGAAACGGGUAAACGAUGUGCCAUCCCUAUAACAGUACGGUGAGUAUUCAGGUGUCUAAUUCAGACCAUAUAAUUAUGUUAGUCCUAAUUGCGUUAAACGGUAUUCCGAAUAUUUUACCGCACAAUUGUUUCAAUGAACGAUAAUGUUGUGAAUUAAGUUGUAGAAGCUAUAGGAAGUCUGAAGCGUGAGAGAGCAGCAGGCCCUGACAAGUUUGCCCCUGAGAUUUUUAAGGAUGAUGGUCCAGUAUUAGCAGUGAGAUUGACUGAAGUCUUAGGUAGAAUCUGGGAACUGGACGUAAUCCCAUCGGGCUGGUCUCAACCACUGAUUCUGCCAGUCUAUAAGAAAGGACAAAAUUCCUCUUGUGACAACCACAGGAGAAUCAGUUUGACUAAUAUAAUGUCUAGAAUAUUAGCUUAAAUAAUACUUCAACACCUAACUAAAGCUCGUGAAGAGCAGACUUGAGAGAACCAGGCUGGUUUUCGACCUGGACGUGGUUGUAUAGACCAGAUACUCACACUACAUCAGGUCAUAGAACAUAGACACACAUUCGUAGUAUUUCUCGACCUUAAGGCGGCAUUUGACUCUGUUGAUCGUGAGAUCCUAUGGCAGAGUUUGUCACUGAAAGGAGUACCAAAGAAGUACAUUAACCUUGUAAAUGCUCUCUACUCCAACACAACCGGUCAAGUGAGAGCUUAUGGCGAACUGUCAUCAGAAUUGAUUACCUCAAGUGGUGUUCGUCAGGGCUGUCCACUCUCUCCAUUCUUGUUUAACUUUAUCGUAGACGUGCUUUUAGAGAUGGCACUUUCCUCAUCUAAAUUUCCAGGGGUUGAACUUCUACCGCGAGAUUCACUUUUUGACUUAGAAUAUGCCGAUGACAUAGUUCUAUUUGGUGAAGACGCUGACAAAAUGCAGUCUUCUGACUACUCUAAGCAACAAUGGAAGCAUGUUCGAGAUACGAUUCUCCCCCUCGAAAUCCAAAAUGUUGCAUCAGGAUUGAGUUGCAUCGACACCCGAACUAAUGAUAGGGAGUGAAGUAGUUGGGUGUAUCGACCGCUUCACUCAUAUUGGAAGUCUCAUUAGCCCUUGUGGUCUGGUGUGGACGAAAUCUCAGCACGGAUACAAAAGGUUCGAAUAGCUCUUGCCAACUUGCGUCAUUUAUGGCGUAGGCGAGAUAUCCGUCUAUCAACCAAAGGACGUGUUUGCUGCGCAGCAGUUCGUUCCGUCCUACUUUAUGACAGUGAAACAUGGCGGUAAGAGUAGAGGAUAUUGGUAGGCUACUAAUAUCCGACCAUAGGUGUCUUAGAGGCAUCACUGGUAUAUCCUGAGAGCACCGAGUAAGUAAUGCAGUUGUUAGAAAACGGGUACUAGGCAAUGAUGGAAAAUCGAUUGAUGAUUACUGCUUAUAAUCUUACUACCUCUACCACUACUGGAUUUGAAUCAACAACUGUAUCUCUGCGCUAAUGUGGUAUGGCAACUCGAACUGAUGUACGUACGUACGAAGUUCCACGUCGUUACUGACUGAAGUUAUAACCACUUUGGUUCAAAUGUUACAUCCAUUUCUUUUAAUUAACCUUAAUGCAUUUACCCUACAUAUGGUCAAUAAUUUAUCUUUUUACAGCCAACUUGAAGCAAUUAUACGAAUUUCUGAGUCAUUAGCAAAAAUGCGUUUAGCCGCUUUUGCAACUGAAACAGAUGUUGAGGAAGCAUUACGUCUAUUUCAUGUUUCAACAUUGGAAGCCGCUAUGUCUGGAAGCUUAGAAGGUGCGGAAGGUUUUACCACACAAGAGGAACAUGAACUUAUUCUGCGUUUAGAAAAGCAGUUGAAAAAGCGAUUUGUUAUUGGCAGUCAAGUAUCAGAAUAUGCUAUCAUACAAGACUUUACACGUCAAGGUUUUUCAGAACGCGCUGUGACCAAGGUUUUACACUACAUGAUUCGUCGAGGUGAAGUACAGUAUAGGAUGCAAAGGCGUAUUUUGUACCGAAUUAAAUAGAGAUAUCCAACUUUAUUACAUUAUACUUGUAUUGUUUAAUCUUUUCACCGGAGAAUUUGUUUUAUAUAAAGAUUAUCUUGUAACUUUUUCCAAACAUCAGUACACUGCAUUUAUGUAUUUUAAAUAAAAUUGUCUGUUACAGUAAUGUAUAGCGU